AUGCCUGCAUUAGAACUAAAGAAUUUGGAAGAACUUAAGGAAUUCAUUAAUGAGUCCGAACAACCAACACUUAUUUGCCUUCAUACCAAAUGGGCAAAUGAAUGCAAGCAGAUAACCGAAGUGUUUCAGACCCUAGCAAAGGAAGAUGGUAAUAACAAUAUUCGUUUUGCUAUGGUUGAUGCAGAAGACGUGCAACAAUUUUGUAACGAACACAAAGUCAAUUCAGUUCCAACAGUUUUGUUACUUAAAAAGGGGAAGGAAAUGACUCGCAUUCAGGGGGCAAAUGCAGCUGAAUUAACAAAAACUGUUUCUUCUCUGCGCGACACCAGUGUACCCGCUCUUAGUUUAAACGAUCGCCUUAAAGCCCUUAUCAACCAAGCUCCAAUAAUGCUAUUCAUGAAGGGUACACCCGAAGGAGUCCAGUGCAAAUUCAGCCGAGCCAUGUUGGAAAUCCUUAAUAAAUACAACGUCAAGUUCGGUUCAUUCAACAUCCUUAACGAUGAUACUGUUCGUGAAGGACUGAAAAAGUACUCCAAUUGGCCUACAUAUCCACAACUAUAUGUCAAUGGUGAACUGAUUGGUGGUGUUGAUAUUGUCAAAGAGAUGGAUGAAGCUAAUGAACUUGCUCCUGCUCUUGGACUGUAG